CCCCUAGAGACUAGACUUCCAAUCAACCGUCGACAUAGGCGCCCCACCCCCUCUCCAUUAUUUAUCCCAAGAAUGCACCCUGAGUCCUGUGCCCAGACCCUUCUGACCAAUCUCCUGCAGACCACCCGGUUCCUGACGUCAUCACCGGCAACAACACAGGGCCCGCCCACUCACCGCCCGACACAACCAAUCACGGAUUGCCCCGCCCACAAACUCUUCCUCCACCGCCGCUUAGAAGGGACAAACCACUAACGCGUUUGCAUUAGCUCUCGCUGCCUCCCUUUCAGAGCACUUUUAGCCGGUCUUCGAGGCCUGUAGUCACUACUCCCAGCGAGGCCUUCCCGAGCCGUGCGGCCCAGGCUGACUCACCGAGUGCGUUCACUUCCCGGCCGCGAGACUUUUCAUUCACACCGAGUCAGAGCGAGCCGGCUCUGUCCGUCCCCUCAGCAAGCUGGGCGCAAUCAGUGUAGAAGGCCAGGCCGGUGGUCUCCCGAGGAGACUGCUCCCCCCUGUGUCCGGCCGAAAACACAUGUGGCCCCAGCCCCCCAACCUCCAUGUGGCUGUAAAUCUCAGCGAGGGGUAUUAUUAUUAGCGUCAGUCCGGGGCUCGUCGGGUGCCGCUGGAGGAGUGUCAGCGCUCCGUCCGCCUCCUCCUCCCCUCAGCGGCUGCACCAUUCAUCCAGCCCUUUUCCAGGGAGCACGCAGGGUGUGUACACGCCGUCUGUAGAGCCAUCUCAUCCGCACAGCGCAGCCCGGGAACACAUCAUAGGCGGCUCCGGCACCAAGAUGUCCAACCGAGCGCUGUGCAGGGAUGCGAGCCACGCCGGGAGCUGGUACACUGCCUCAGGGCCCCAGCUGAGUUCCCAAUUGGACAGUUGGCUGUCCCAAGCACAAACUUCAAAAAGACCUGCAAGAGCCAUUAUUGCACCUCACGCUGGAUAUACCUACUGUGGAUCCAGUGCUGCUCAUGCCUACAAGCAAGUAGACCCUUCCAUUACGCGAAGAGUUUUCAUUCUCGGUCCAUCUCACCAUGUGGCUCUUUCUAGAUGUGCACUUUCCACUGUGGAUAUAUAUAGAACACCCCUCUAUGACCUCCAUAUUGAUCAGAAAGUUUACGGAGACUUGUGGAAGACUGGGAUGUUUGAGCGAAUGUCAAUGCAAACGGAUGAAGAUGAGCACAGCAUUGAAAUGCAUCUACCUUACACUGCUAAAGCAAUGGAAAGCCAUAAGGAUGAGUUUACCAUUGUUCCCGUGUUGGUCGGAGCUCUUAGUGAAUCAAAGGAACAAGAAUUUGGGAAACUUUUUAGCAAAUACUUAGCAGAUCCUUCUAAUCUUUUUGUAAUUUCUUCAGAUUUUUGCCACUGGGGCCAGCGAUUUCGUUAUACAUAUUAUGAUGAAUCUCAAGGAGAAAUAUAUAGGUCAAUUGAAAACUUAGACAGAAUGGGUAUGAGUAUUAUAGAACAACUAGAUCCUGUGCCAUUUAGUAAUUACUUGAAGAAGUAUCAUAAUACUAUAUGUGGAAGACACCCCAUUGGGGUGUUAUUAAACGCUGCAACAGAGCUUCGAAGGAAUGGAGUUAACAUGAGCUUCUCGUUCUUGAACUAUGCUCAGUCUAGCCAGUGCAGAAGCUGGCAGGACAGUUCAGUGAGUUAUGCUGCUGGAGCACUUGUGGUGCAUUGAAGCACUGAGCUCUCAGGGAUGCCACCUUGAAACACAAUGCCGACACAACGUUUUCUUUCUGUCCAUGGGGUCAUAGCCAAGCAGUUGAACAGUGCUGCUCUGCUCUGGGGUUAUGAGGAAGCUCAACCCAGUUUGUAUCAUCCCCUUUCCUUUCUUUUUAGGUGUAGUCCUAUCAUUUUUCUUCCUUCCAUUCGAAGCAAGAAUUUCUUUCUUGGUUAUAGUAUCAGAAGUUGUGUCAAACUGUUUGUGACCUUGAAGACUAAUGGCAGGUGGUGGCAGAAGAUUAUACAAAGUUAGUUACAUGGAAUAAGUUAGCCUUUACCAUAACCUAAAUUUGCACUGUUUGCAGAUAUGUGCACAUGUACUCGGCUUUCAGAAUAGUUUUGCAAGUUGUAAAACGAAACAAAAUUAUAACAAAAAUAAAGGGUGAAAGCUUUUUAAUAAAAAAAAAUAAAUAAAAAUGCAUUUAUAAAUUAUCCUUUAUCCUGUAUUAGAAUAUAAUACAAUCCAUGUAUAGUAGGUUAUUACCAGUGUUGUACAACAAAUACCUUCUAUUUUAGUUGCUAAUAAAGGGCUACACAAAUCUGUU